AUGAUGAAACACGUCCUGGAGCAGACCAAAUUGGAUUACAAACUUCACGGCUCUACAAACCUGAUCGGCCAUUACUGGCGACACCGAGAGAGGUUGCUAGGAGCGGCUAUGGAGGCGGCAACCAGAGAGGAAGGAGCAUCUGACAAGUUUCUGAACGAUCAACCAAUCCGUGAUCAUGUUGAUCAUUCGACAUAUACCGUUGAUGAUCAUCAUCAUGAUCACGAUCAUGGCAAUUUAAAGAACUACUUGAUCGACUCAAUGGCUCGGCUUUUUCGCUUUGAGAGGUCUCUCAUACAGGAAGAUGCAGGACUAACAAUACUCAACGUUGAUGAUUUUGGAGCUGAAGGGAAUGGUAUUAAUGACGACAAACAAGCAUUUGAGAAGGCGUGGGAGAAAGCUUGUUCAUCAACGGGAAGAACGGUUCUCGUGGUGCCUCAAAAGACGUAUCUGACUAAACCAGUCAAAUUCCAAGGCCCAUGCAAAUCCAAUAAUCUUACUGUUCAAAUUCGAGGGACUAUAGAAGCUUCUGAUAACCGCUCAAACUAUAUUGAUAAACACUGGCUUCUCUUUGAAAACAUCCAAAAUCUCUCUGUUGAAGGCGGUGGGACCCUCGAUGGCAAGGGACAAGUGUGGUGGGAUCAUUCAUGCAAAUUUCACAAAUAUCACCCUUGCACUACUUCAGCGCCAACGGCGUUGACUUUUCGCAAGUGUGAUAAUUUGGUUGUGAGGGAUUUGAAAGUAAGAAAUUCACCGCAAAUGCAAGUUGCUUUCGAGAAGUGCAAGAAAGUCAGAGCUUCGCAUCUCACUGUGACUGCACCAGGGAAUGCUCCCAACACAGAUGGAAUCCACAUCACACACACCCAAGAUAUUGAGAUCUCUAACUCUGAUAUAGGAACAGGGGAUGAUUGUAUUUCUAUUGUGAGUGGGACUCAAAAAGUGCGAACAACGGACAUAACAUGUGGACCUGGUCAUGGAAUUAGUAUUGGUAGUUUGGGAGGAGGAAGCUCAGAGGCCCAUGUAUCGGAUGUAAUAGUAGACAGAGCAAAGUUUUCUGGAACUUCAAAUGGAGUUAGAAUCAAGACUUGGCAGGGAGGUUCAGGAAGCGUAAGCAAUAUAAAAUUCCUUAACAUUGAAAUGAACAACGUGUACAACCCCAUCAUAAUAGACCAAAAUUACUGCAUUGAGAAAAAAUCAUGCAACGAACAGAACUCAGCGGUCGAAGUGAGAGACAUAUUGUACCGAAACAUCACUGGCACGAGUGCUGCAAAAGUCGCAGUAAAAUUCGAUUGUAGUAGGAGCUUCAAGUGUGAGAACAUUGUGUUGGAAGAUGUUGAUAUACGACAACAUCGUGGAAAAGACGAGGUUGAAGCUUCGUGCAAGAAUGUUGAAUUGACUGAUUUUGGUGUCGUUUCCCCACCCUGUCCUCAUGCCCACGAAGGAAGGAAAAACGACAAUACUGCGCCUCCUCCGGUUCAACAACCAGGACAAGGAAAAAACGACACUGCACCGCCGCCUCCAGUUCAACAACCAGGACAAGGGAAAAACGACACGGCGCCGCCGCCUCCGGUUAACCAACCAGGACAAGGGAAGAACGACACUGCGCCGCUGCCGCCUCCGGUUCAACAACCAGGACAAGGGAAAAACGACACUACUGCACCUCCUCCGAUUCAACAACCAGGACACGCCACUAGGCCUCCGGUUCAACAACGAAGACACCAUCAUAAUCACAGAAGUCACCACCAUCAUCAUCACAGAAGACACCAUAAUAAUCAUAGAGGAGGGGGCCCCACUAGGCCUCUUCCGGUUCAACAACCAGGACACGGCAAUGAUCACAAAGAAGGCCCUCCGGUUCAACAAUCAGUGUUUAAUGUUGAUGACUUUGGAGCUAAAGGGAAUGGAAAAGAUGACACAGCGGGCUCGGCGGUUCAAGUGAAAGAUGUGCUGUAG